AUGGUGAACGCGUACGGCCACGGAAUUACCAGCAAGAUGGUGGAUCCGCUUCAACUAGCCUACUCUUCAAUCGGGAACGGCGGCGUUAACAGCGAUACGGCCGCUUCAGCGCGUAGUUGUCUGCCUAUUGGAGACAUCGACUGCACGUGGGAGACGGUGGAUACUCCACUAACGUCGAAUCCAAAGACUGUCACGUGGAUUGUCACGCUUACGGAUGUUUUGUACUCGUUUUCCUUCCUCUGUUUCCUGCUCUUCUACUCGUUUCGAGCCACGAAAGCCAUCAACGAACAUCAAAACAAACAUCUAACACCUGCCAGAUACGCUGUGAUGGUGCGUGGAUUACCUAGACAUGCGACGGAGAAGCAGAUUCUGGACCAUUUCAAUAAUUUGUAUGAUCUUAACAAAGACGAGGAGUAUCGUAAGCUUUGGUUUGGUUGCUGCUGGGGUAGACGACACAAGGUUAAGCGCUCGAGAUCCAAGAAUACGGUGAAUCGGAACGUGGUGUCGAAUGUGGACCAUUUAGAAGAAUCUACGACGAUCAGUAAGGACCUUUAUCUGAACACAUGGAUUGCAGAAGUCAGCGUAGCUCAUCCGACUGGAGGACUCUUGAGGACGUAUUUGUCCUCCAAGCACCUCGGAGACAAGAAAGAGGAGACUGAAGCACUUAUCCAGACUCUAGAAGCUGAGAAAAGUCUCUCUCCAAUGGAUUUUAAAGCCGCGGAUGAGAAGUUAAUUCACUCAUCGAGGAAAAAGUUGGAUAAAAUCCAGAAUAGCCUUGAAAAAACACAAAGGAAAAUCGAUAUUAUCAAGGAUAUUCUGCCGGAAUUCAACGACGUAAUGGACAAGAAAAUGAAGAAUAAGCCGAGGAACUCGACUUCGAAGGACAUGUUGACAGCCGCUGCGAAAGCUGCUAAGACAGCAGCGAUCAACACUCAGCAAGGAUUUAAUUGGGAGGCCUGCGAGUGCGCCUUUGUGGUGUUUAAUAAUCUGGAAUCCAGACGUCGAUGUCUUCAAGAUUAUCGCCACUCCACGCGCUGGAUACCGCGCAAGUGGCAGCCUGAAGAACUGCGUUUCCGCGCGGAUUUUCCGCUUAUUGUGACCAAAGCUCCCGAACCAUCAAACAUUCUGUGGGAGAACCUUGAAGUUACCGACCGGGGACGCUUUUAUCGACAAUUAGUGACGAAUUUAGUGACCAUAGCGCUUCUGGUGACAUCUUGUGCCAUUAUUUCGGCCGCUAAGACAGCUCAGGAGCAAUUUGCGAGCAAAACCCCGCCUGAAGGCCUGUGUGAUCGCGCUCUUCCAGCCGUAUUUUACGCAGAUACUUCGUUCUCUUACAAUGCCCAAAAGAAACCCAUUAUGUGGUCUCUAGCUUGGGAUUCGACACAAACUUGUACACCUGGAAUAUCCGGAGAAAAUCGAUACUACAUUGCGUACUCGAACGGGAUUCUGAAUGAUUUAGACUCUUCCAAACUGUCCUAUGGCACUACCUACCGGAAUCCCACGCGUUGUGUGGAUCCCUGUAUUUCCGAUGCUAGUACAGAGAAGAUCGGUCAUGUGAAGCCUACGAAACUAGUCACGUACUCUACUGCUACUGUUCUACCCAAUUGA